AUGGAUAAAAAUUCCCUUGUUCUUGAGAAAGAGAACACGGAAAUCAAAUCCCCUGGUUCUACUAAUCAAGUAAGGCAACCCUCCCAAACAGCUGAAACAGGAUCAUCUAAUCCUAAAAAGGUAAGAAGGGUUCGAGGGACCAACAAGUGUAAAGAAGUUGCAUCACUUGAAGCCGGAAAGAAGCUGAAAGUAACAUUUUACAAUAAUCGAACAGUUGGAACAAAUAGCAAUCUGUUUUCGAGGCACCUAGGAAAAAUAAUUCGUGAUUGUAACAUGUGUCCAUUGGGAGUAUCAUCAUGGAGUGAUAUCAAGCAACAAAAGUUGGAUCACAUGUGGGCUGCUAUUGCGGAUAAAUUUGAGAGUGUUGACUUGAAUGAUCAUCGUGAUCAUAUAUUUGGAUGGAUGAAUGAGUUAUGGAACAAAUGGAGAGGAUACUUGCAUGCUACUUAUGUGAAGAAUAAGCCAAUCGUUCAAGCUCUUAAGAAUAUUCCAAAGGGAGUAGAAAAGAAGGAAUGGGAGUGGUUAGUUAAGGAACACUUUUGUUCUGAAAGUUUUCAGGCGAGGAGCAAUAGAAAUGCAGAAAAUCGAGCUAAGUUAAAGAUGUUUCAUCAUAUUGGUAGCAAGCCUAUUAGAGAGAUUAUUUAUCAACAGGGCGGAAAAGAUGGUAAUGCACCAAAUUUGGCGACUAUUUUCUUUGAGACUCGUAAGAAAGAUAACAUGCUUGUUGAACCAGAAGCAAUUGAAAAACAUGCUCAAAUCGAAGAAAUACUAAAAGCUGAGCCAUCUCUGCCUAGCAUAGAGAUUGUAGAAAAGUGUUGUGGACCUCAAAAUCGUAGCCAUGUAUUUGGCUUUGGGGGUGGAGUAAAGGCAAAGGACAUGAGAGAUGGCACUUCUUCAAAGGCUGAAUUACUGUCUGAGCUACGUUCAACUCAAGAGAAAAAUAAAUCUUUGAAUGAGGAAAAUAAAUCCUUGCUUGAUCGCUUGUUUACAUUAGAAGAUGCGAUGGAAGAAAUAAGAAAUAUGAAAGAAUUCAUUGCUGCUCAACAAUCACAUAACCUACAUAUGACAUCACCCGUAUCAACUGAAUGA